AAAUAUACGAAUUAAUAAAGAAAUAGAAAAUAUUUACGUUUACUUAUUGAGGGUCGAUAAUAACUUGAACCAAUUCCAAUUUAACUGUACCUAACCUGAUACGAUUUAACGAUUAUAAAAGCCAGUUGGAAAACCACUUGACUUGAGUGGUUAAAUUAUAACUGCUGUUAAAAUGUGUGGCUGUGCAGUGACGCUGAUAUUCGCGAUUAUCAUUCUUAACGGAAACUACCUCGGGGCUGAUGACUCCAUUGAAUUUCAAAACAAACUACCGGCGAAGCAGAUUUGGGCGGUCGAAGGUGACCACGUCGAGUUACCCUGUGACGUGACGCCGCCUAGACCGACGGAUUCCGUCAGUAUGGUCCUUUGGUUUAAGGAUGACUCAGGAAUUCCUUUGUACAGCCUCGACGCCCGAGGUGGAGUCCUGAACAACUCCGUACACGCUGCCCUGGUCAAUGAUCUCGGGAAGAAGAGCUUCUUCCUUGUCGGCGAUGGCCACCACAGAGCCAGGCUCAAGAUAGCCAACGUCACGUUCAACGAUCAGGGCGUCUUCAGGUGCAGGGUCGACUUCGCCGAUAGUCCAACCCGCAACUACAGAGUCAACUUGACUCUGGUUGAACAGCCAACGAGCCCAGUGAUCUACGAUGCACAGGGAAAAGAAGUGACGGGAAUCGGAGGUCCGUUUUUGGAGGGCUACGAUCUGUUCCUCUCGUGUCAAGUUGCCGGUGGUAGACCAAAGCCUUCGGUAACUUGGUGGAGGGACGGUCAGUUAUUGGACAGUGUUGUGGACUCACCCAUCGCCAAUGGAGCCUCUGGAAAAUUUACGGUCAAUCAAUUGUUCGUCGGAAGUGUUACCCGGGCACUUUGGGGAGCGAAAUUGGAGUGCAGAGCACAGGCUGGACCCUUGGGGAAACCUGUCGUUCGAGAAGUUCCCCUGGAUAUUUAUCUAAAGCCUGCAGUGGUGAAGAUCGUUCUGGAUACUGAAGUGAUCUACGCAGGACGUCCGGUGGGAGCGAGGUGCGAAACUUGGGGAAGUUCACCGGCCGCAAGGAUAAUAUGGACGCUGGAUGGAAACGUAAUCCGAGAUCCUUCAAUCGUCUCUACACAACGAAGCAAUUCAACCGUAAGCAAGUUGGCCCUGGUUGUCGGUCGUGAGGAUGAUGCAAAAGAGCUUACCUGUCGAGCAGAGAAUCCCAGGUUUCCAGGCGGUGUUCGAGAGGAUCAAAAAAUCCUUCGAGUCUCCUACGCUCCGGUCGUGUUUGCCCACAUGGCCAAAGGCUACGACCCCGAGACCUUGAGGGAAGGUGACGACCUCAAACUCGUCUGUGAGGUCGACAGCAAUCCAACGCCGGACUCCAUUACCUGGUACCACGACGACGCUUUGAUCGAGCACAACGUAACCGGAGGCACCUUAGUCGCCUCGGAGACACUCACCCUGAGAUCUCUGACGCUAGCACACUCCGGUGAAUACGUCUGCGUGGCAUCGAACGCGGUUGGCGAGGGGCGAAGUCACCCUGUUCUCAUACAUAUGAAAUAUGCCCCGCGAUGUAGGGAAGGUUACGAGGUUCGUGAGGUCGGUGCUCUUCGUCAAGAGUCUCUUUCGUUGAGGUGCGAGGUUGAAGCGGUACCCGGAGACACUGUGCGUUUCUCUUGGACGUUCAACGGUACACUUGGCGACGUUCUUCCUCUGCCAGGAACCAAGGCUCAGAACAAAGGAUUGACGAGUACUUUCGAAUACAUGGUGAAAGCCGAGACUGAUUUUGGCACCCUGGCUUGCUGGGCGAGCAACAGCGUUGGACGUCAGCGAAGACCUUGUUUAUUCCACGUCAUACCAGCAAAAAAACCAGAGCCGCCACUUGAUUGCUCGUUGCGGAACGAUUCUAACGCUUUGGAAGUGAAGUGCCUUCCGGGUUCGGACGGCGGUCUGCGUCAGCACUUCCUCCUGGAGGUAAGAGGCGCCUCAGGAUCGUCGACGGGUCUCCACACCCCCCAGAACGACCAGGGGGUAGUCGGUGAAGCCCCUCCGAUAUGCGAGGCCACGAAUCAGCGGCCCGUUUUUCAGCUCAACUGCCUCGAAGCCGGCUUCGAAUACACGAUGUCAGUUUUCGCGGUAAACGAGAAGGGCAGGAGCGAUCCUGUCCUCCUGGAAAAUGUCAGGAUCGCCGGACCGCCUCCGGACAGGACAGAGAAAUCGAAAAUUUACAACAGCGAGGAUCUGGCCGAAGUCAUCAGCCCCAAAGCUGCGGCCUACAGCAUUGUUUUAGUGGUCGCUUUGAUUGGUGGAGUGGCGCUGGUUUUGGUUGGCAUUGGCAUCAUGAUAGGCCUGGCAAUAUGCAGGCGCAGGAAUUCCCCUCCGCCAAGCGAAGGUCCGGACGAUUUCACGACGCCGACUUACGUGCCGGCUUCAAGGAUCGAACCCAGGGUCAAGUACUCCUCGGACAGGCGAAGAUCGUACAGGACGAGCCUGUUUCUCGAGGAAAGUAGGCACGAACCCGAUCUGUUACAGCAAGUCGAAUUGGAUCUCGACAGCUAAAUUGUUGUACGCUGAUUCAGCGAGGACGAAGAAAAAAAAUUGUACAGUCUUUGAAAACGUACCUUAAAACUCUGAUUAUAUACAGAUGUCUUAUUAUUUAAGAUAGGAUUAAGUUUAUAGUCGUUUUAAGAACAGUCAGAUACUUAUUAUUAAACUACAUAUAAGAAGCAGUGAAGAUUAAACCGAAAUUACGAAUUCGAGUAGGAUAAAAUCACGCUCGUGUGAAUUGUAACGAAUUCCAUAAAGUUUGAAAAAACUUUAUUGCGAUUUCAAA